AUGGCCGCGAACGCUCCUUCGACGUCCUCUGAGCGACGUCCUGGUGGGAUAGAAGAUCAUGAAUCAGCCCCUUAUAUUAUCAAGGCGGAAAUUGGCAAGGGAUCGUUUGCGACUGUCUAUCGUGGAUAUCACAAGCCAUCAUCUCGCCGUGAGGAUAGAAAGGCUGCUCUAGAGGAGCUGUUGAGUUCCCCAGGAGCUUUGAUAGACAGUCGGAUGGCCGUCGCAAUCAAGACGGUGUCGCGUACCAUCCUCACACCAAAGCUCGUCGACAACCUCAAGUCAGAGAUCAACAUUCUCAAACAACUCAAGCACGCACACAUCACCGAGCUCAUCGAAAUCGUCAAGGCGGACCGAUUCAUCUUUCUCAUCAUGGAGGAUUGCACCGGCGGGGACCUCAGCGGCUAUCUGAAGCGUAGAGGGAGAGUGGAUGGGCUUCAAUAUGUGCCUGAGCCUGGCGCAGCCCCGACAUUCUACCAACAUCCAAAGACUGGUGGAUUGGCUGAGGUCGCUGUCCGGUCGUUUCUACGGCAGAUGGCGCGAGCUCUCAGGUUUCUACGACAGCGGAAUCUCAUUCACCGCGAUAUCAAGCCACAAAACUUGCUGCUAAAACCGGCUACAGCUACUGAAUACGAGAAAGGGCACCCACUCGGCAUACCUGUCCUGAAGAUUGCAGACUUUGGGUUUGCGCGACACCUUCCAAAUACCAUGCUGGCAGAGACGCUGUGCGGAUCUCCACUCUACAUGGCGCCAGAGAUUUUGCGUUACGAAAAGCACGACGCAAAAGCCGACUUGUGGUCAGUGGGCGCCGUCUUGUAUGAGAUUAGUGUCGGCAAGCCGCCGUUUAGAGCCCAGAAUCACAUCGAACUCCUCAAACGCAUCGAAAAAGCACGCUCUACUGUUCGUUUCCCGGAUGAAGAGGACCCGAAUGCAAACCCCGUCCCGGCGGAUAUCAAGAAGCUGAUACGAGCCCUGCUAAAGAGUCAUCCAGUCGAACGAGCCACGUUUGACGAAUUCUUUGCGUGCAAGGCAAUGGCAAACUCCAAGUUUCCUGCACCGCGGUCUGCCAACGAGGCGAACCCGAGCUCGCCUGGAUCUCUUCCGGUUGUCACUCCACUUUCCAACGGCAAGCCACUUCCAGCGACUACGAACGUGAUCAUACCGCAUAUUCCGGACAACCAUCGCAUCAUCCCGCCAGAGGUAUUGGAUCCCAAGGCGCUCGUACCCCCCAGCAACUUUCACUUUCGCAAAGCGAUGGGCAACUCGACCAACGAUGGAAGACGGACGGCGCCUAAUUCAGUACCACCCACACCGCUCACCCCGCAUGCACCGUCGCCAGGAGCAAGUCCUGCAGCCCAGCCUUCGCCGCUUCGACAGCCCGUUUCGUUGACCCCCGAACUUUCUACACAAGCAGAGGCAGACGAGGAGAGCUUCCUCAAGGGAGAGUAUGUGGUUAUUGGAGAUACGAAACAUGUCGAAUUUAACCAGCGUGUGGACGAAUUAACUGCGGCACGUCAGCGAGCGGCGCGUAGAGCGUCUGCGACUCCCAGCGACAAGCCUAGUCCCCCCUCCUCGCCCGCUCAGCAAUUGCCCAUCACCUCGUCGCCUCGUCGACUUGGGACCAAUGCGUUACCGGCUGAAGACAAGCUUCAGUUUCCACCAACGCCAGUAGAGCCCGACCGUCCGAAGCCUGCGCGUGCAGGAUUGUCGGUGCUUUCGCGAGCGCUCAACGCUGCGUCCAAGAAGUUGUGGGGAACAAGCGUUACGACGCCAACGUCUCAGCAUAGUCCAACGCUCAUUACUUCACCGGCCACUGGUUACCCUCCCGUACCACACAGCUCCUCCCCAGGAAAGCUGCUCACUGGCUCACCUAAGAAGUCUCCGCCUCUCAUUACGAACGGUGCAGGCCCGAAUAUUUUGGAGCGUGAGGAAAAAUUGCUCGCUGGAUUGGAAAACUUGGCACAAAAGGUAGAGGUGAUUACGAAAUGGGCGGAUGAGCUUUUUGAGCAGGUGAAGCAGAUACCUGAGAAACCGCUUCCGGAUCCUGGAAAGUUCGUGCCACGCGAGGGCGAGUCUCCCCGACAUGCCACGAGGAGACGAAAUGCGGAACUCGAUGCAGAAAUGGCUGUCAUCAAUUGUAUAUCACUUUAUAUGCUCGUCAUGAAUUUCUCUCAAAACGGGAUUAAUCGUCUGCACGACCACAUGGAUGUCGAAGUGGACGGCGAGCCGCCAGAAUUGUCGUCGGGUUUCGCUGACGGAAUAAUCAUGUGGGUUCUAGCCGUUGAAUGGUUCGGCAAUCGUUACGAACGUUGCUCGCAGCGUGCGCAGACGGUCAAGGGUUGGCUACCCGAAGGCGCAACCCACGAGCCCUCGGCAUACAUGGAUCAAGUCUUAUUUGAACGCGCUCUUGCUUUGUCGCGUAAUGCUGCCCGAAAGGAGAUAUUGGAUCAAAAUCCGUGGGAUUGUGAAGUCAUGUAUCAAGACUCUCUAUGGCUGCUUUACACGGUCAGAGACGACUUGGAGGCACCAUCGAAUGGAUACAUGGAGGAAGACCGUUCAACGAUUGAUACUUGGAUUACCCGUACCAAGCUGCGUCACCACCGCUGCAAGGAGCGCGCCGCGAUGCCGGAUCCAGCUCGUCGCAAGGACGCACAAGCUGACCAAAAUCUCGACGACGUUAACCGCUUCCCGCCUCCUUGGGACCUACAACCUCUCCCUAGCCCCUCCCCAUCGCAUCGUUACUAG